ACACAAACUUGCAUCUGCGCCACCGACACCAUUAACCUGAAGGCAUCAAUACGCACAACUUGCAAAUGGUCGAAAAACUGGCCAAACUCGUUGAUCGACAUAACUCCGCUUCGUGGGGGAAGAUCAAACUCGACAGAUUCAUCGGGCGUAAUGAAAAAAAGCAUCCCUUCACAACUUUUGUCCGCUCGUUGGCGUACGCUGCUUCGUUUACUUUCUGAUUCGUUUCCAGCAAUUUGCAUCGCAACUCUUCCUUGUCCGCUUACGAGUGGGAGCCACACUUACGGGCAGUUUUUUUAUUCUUUGCAGCAAACCAGAGCAUGCAGACAACAGCAGCAGCCUGGAUUCCAUGGCAAGAGAUAAUUGUAACAUGGCUACAUUUCCUCCCCAGACCAAAAGGACAUAAAAUAAAGGUUCUGAUUAUUUUGGAUACAGGUUAAAGAACCUCGCUUUAGCCAUGGCGUCGGGGGAAGAGUGGGCGUAUAUGGACACCUUGCGUCCCCCCGUCUACAUCUGUCUGCGUCGCAAGACCGAUCUCAUCGAUGGUGGCUAUGAGCCUAUGCAGCUGGACGGACGGUAGCUUUCAAGUCACUAAUAUAUAGUAUCUUAUUUGAUGAUAAUCCCCUUUUUUUAAUAAUGGCAGCGUGGACAAGGAGGAAUGGGCUCAUGUGCCGUGGUCCGAGCCUUUUGUAGACAUCGAAGGACCAGAGCGUAAACCCAAGGACUUCCCGCUCACGAGGUUCAAAAUGAUGUACGACGACGACACUUUAUACGUGGGGGCAGAGCUUAUCGAGCCCAAAAUAUGGGGAACUAUCACGCAAAAGAACAGCACCAUGUACCAUGAGAACGACUUUGAAGUUUUCUUCAAUCCGGACGGCAGUCGGCAUCACUACUAUGAAUUGGAAGUGAACUGCCUCAACACGAUCUGGGAAUUGCUGCUACAUCGACCAUACAAAGAUGGAUACAGUAUUGAAAACCCAUUCAACCUAGUGUCACUUCGGUCGGCUGUAUACGUGGACGGAGUCACCAAUUCUCCCGAGACUGAGUGUGUGCGUUGGUGUGUCGAAAUGAGUUGGUCACUCGUCGAACUUCAGCAGUUUAACAAGCAGCGUUUCCGUCAGGAUAUAGAUGAACCGUUGAGCAGUAGAUUGCAGUCUGGGACUGAGUCAAUCGCCACCCCCAGACCUCCAACGGGGCCUGGUAGGACAGCGAGGCCUGCCGUGACCAGUAGUAAAACAGUAGCUGGAGAUGUAUGGCGUGUCAAUUUCUCACGCGUACAAUAUGAGCUGCAGACGGUUGUGGACGAAGAUACGAACCAACUCCAGUUCCAAAAAGUAUCCGACAAACGUGAGGAUAACAUCGUGUGGGCUCCGACGGGUGUGAUCGAUAUUCAUCGGCCUGAACGAUGGGGCUACGUGUUCUUCAGCAGUGAAAACGAGCUGCCUGGCGGUGAAUUGGAGCUCGCAAGUGCCAUGAGUGGGUUUUUGGAAGAACAAAUGGUGAUUGAGCGGGUCUUGGACGCCGUUUACUACCAACAACGUGCUUUUCAUGGGUCCCACGGCGGAUACGCGUCGACAAUGAAAAUGUUGUACACUGAGCCGUCGUUGGACUCUCUUAAAGAUGUUAAAGUUUGGAUGGACGCGUUCCCAUUACGCGAUCAACUGCGUCGAUAUGAACUGGACUUCCCUGUGCUUUCUUGUCGUAGCGACCUCGCUGGAAGUGAUCCACCGAGCGAGUUAACUGGAAGAAAAACGACUCGACGUUACACUCCUGCGUUGGAUCAGCAUAGCGAGCGCUUUGAUGAGGACUCCAGGACUCAGAUAAAAGAGUUUGUCCCGCCUCCUCCUUCGGUGUUGAGUCCUCGAUCGCAGGAGGUCAAGAACCUCGAGUGUCGUGGACUUUAUUCAAAUUACACGGCCACUGUUCGUAGCGCCACGCAGACAUGGCACAUGAGUCAAGACGGUCGUCUGUGGCGUACAUCGUAAAUAUUUCACUCGGACACAUAUCUGCGUAGGGUCACAAGGACAUUUGUGGCCGAGCUGAAAGAGGACAAUGGCACGAGUGAAAAUAACACCGAAUUCUACUCGCAAGAUGGUAGAGCUCUCUCUAAUUUGUGCGAUUGUUGGAGGGUCAAGAAGCACAUUAACAGAAAUACACGAGAGCACAGCGUUGACCAAAUGCAAGAUUGGCUCGUUCGAAGGGUUUAUGAAUAACGAUGAAUGUGGGCAAGAGGAUAUCCUCCCCGAGGAACAACAAGGCGGAGAUAUCGCGCGUACUUGGAAAGCAACGUCGGCAAUGUGGUUAACAGCCACAGUGUGGAACAAGGAGAGUGUCCUUAUACGAUACUGAUGGCACUACUGACCGACUCGGCUGGCAGUUCUUCUGGGUCUUGCAUCCAAGCAAACAACCAUCGCAAUAUCCAAACCGUGAUAAUAAGUGACUCAAGCGCAAUUCCGUGAGUUGGGCAAGGUGGGUGUAUUUGUUUAGUAUAUCGAUUGCCCAAGUUGCACCAACACCGUUGUCAAAACAAAAUGCAACGCAACUUUUUCUACCAAAAUUUCUUGAUUCUCGUCGUCUAGAAGAGCUUGCUCACAGCAUCACGCACACUAGCGUCGUCAGCUUCGUUGGCAAGUGUCACUGUCAGCUGUACAUCACAAAAGGACAAACAAAUUAGUAUCUAUCAUCAUGAAAAAUAUCUUUAAAAAAACGGCACCAACGUACCAAAGGAUCCGC